AAACCCACUCAAAUUCCAACCUCCAUAGCCAUGUCUCUGAUCAAUCGCCCUCGGGUUAGGGUCAAUGGAGUCCAGAGAAUGAGAACUCACCAUUACUAUUGGUGUAGGCAAUGCCAAAGAACUGUCAGGAUAGCCUCAACCAACCCAUCUCAAACUUUGUGUCCCCAUUGUUUAGGCCUACUCGGCUCUGAACUCGACAUGUCAAGGCCAAUGCUCUUGAGUGGCCUCGAACUAUCCCCUGCAUCGCGGUUACUUGAUGCCAUGGCUGCAAUGUUUGAUCCCCCCUCAGCAACAAGCCAAACUAGUGAUGAAAACUGGCGUGCUCGCGAAGCUUGGAUAGUCCUCCAUUUGGCACGCCCUAUUCGUCCCCCAGGAGCCCUCUCUCCACCUGAAAGCGCGGUUCCUGAGGCCAUGGACUCGAUGGAAGUCUCUCCCGGUAAUGGGAUUGAAGAGGUGAUUCAGGAGCUGACACAGAAUGAUAGGCCCCGACCACCUCCUGCACUUGUUUCAGCCAUUGAGGCUUUGCCUACGGUGAUACUCACAUCGGGACAUUUGAGCACUGACUCCUACUGUCCAGUCUGCAAGGAUGAGUUUGAGGUUGGAGUGGAAGUGAGAGAGCUGCCUUGCAAACAUUUUUAUCACCCUGAUUGCAUCAUUCCUUGGUUGAGCAUCCACAAUACAUGUCCAGUGUGUCGGUACCAGCUAAAAGUUGACGAUGAUUCGGAUCAAAUUGACAAUAUUGCUGAAAAUUUUGGUGUGGAAGAGGUAGCAGAUCAACUCAACAGGUGGUGGACUCAACUGCAUUCUUUGUGGCCAAUCAGUCUAUUGUCAAAUUGGAGGUCAUGGUACCUCAAUGUCAGAGGCAAUAGAAUAAACUCUUCCUCCGAAGAUGGUCCGUGGUGGCGCUCUUGGCUCAUUUUCUAGAUUUUUGUCCAAAUUGCAGUCCUGUAGAAGCGAGAAGAAAGUGGUUUGUAUAAACAAUUUAUGAUUGAAUCAUCUCUUCGGUAGGUAUGUGUUUAUAUAUAAUUUUUUUUAGAGAUUGCUCUGAUGCAAAUGAAAAGGUAUCAAGGGCUGGCAGGUAUGUCUAUUUCUUUGAUGCAUAUGCUUCAUUUAAUUGUUCAUCCAAUGUAUGAAUUGAAUGAUCUCAUUCACUUUUACAUUGAUUUAAAGGUAGAAAUCCAUCAUCCAAAAUAGACCUUUUCAGAAAAAUGAGUCAUUUUAGAUAUGAUUUUUAAAAUCAUAAAUUUGUUGUGGGAGAAAAAUGGUAUGCUCUAAGCUUUUAAGCUCCCCCUCCCUCCCUCCCUCUCUCUCCCUAUAUAUAUGUGUAUAUAUAUAAUAUGUAAUUCCUUUAUUUUUAACUCAAAUCUUAUUUUGCAGUUAACUUGAUAAAAGGGGCAAAGUACUAAUCAAUUGUUGAUCAGCUGGGUGGACUACAGGUUUUGGAAAGGUUUUUGAUUUGAAGAAGCCUUGAAGAAAAAAAAUGUUCAUAUUUUAACUAUUUAGCACUAUGAUUACGAUUUUAUAUGACAAUACAUAUAUAUAUAUAUAUAUAUAUAUAUAUAUAUUAUAAUGAUAUUCGGGGUGUCAAUAAUAUAUGGUUGUGUACGUUUUUGUUUCAUGGGAUGUAGACAUUGUUU